AUGUCAGCCUACCGAUACACAACGGACGCAGAGCGCCAUCAAGCAAGGCAGGAUCACGAGUUUGUGUGGGGCGUCAUCAACAGAGAUGAAAGAUACCUCAGCCAACUUCCACCGGGUCCAGUGAUGCCGGGAACCUUCCUGCACUUCCUCCAACAAGGUGACCACAGCGAUGAAGCAAUGGCAGCUUUCGAACCCGAAGCUCUUGAGAUCAUGCAGUCGCUUCGCCGACAGAUGGAAGAGAAAUAUAACGUUGAUUUGAGCGAGUGGCAUGCCGAGUGGGUACAGAGCGAGCAACAGCAAAAGGAAUGGAAGACGCCGAUUGGUCCUGGCACCUCCCGGUCACUGCUUAGACAGCCUGCAUACAUCGACUUGCACACUCAUGACCAGACGGCCAAGGGCGCAGCACUGGACUACUGGGGUACGGAUGAAGAGGCUCCAUCUGGGGCUCUGAGGCAGAAGGCGCGAUGGGCCAAGGAAGCGCAAGCGGCAACGCACAGUGGGAAUGGGAGUACACUGACAGGCACACCUUCCAAUUCAUCCCGGCUGGGAUAUCGGGAUAAGCUACUGCCAGAGGCCCACUCACAGGCGUCGUACAUGAGCGGCCAGAGACAGCAGAUGAAGGACGUACACCAGGAUCCGUUUUAA